CCUGGGAUUCAGUAGUCAUUUACUUUAGUUAGCAAGAGCAAAGAGGAAGGUGGGAUUAAAAGGCACUUGAGAUAAAGGGAAAAAAAGAGCAUUGAGGACCAAGUAAGACUCUUUAAAGUGGAGGAUGGAGUUCAACAAACUGACCUCAAGUGCUGCCUUGCUUUAUGAUGAGUUGCUUAAAGAAGCAGAUCCAAGAGUUGAGGACUGGCCCCUUAUGUCCUCCCCGUUUCCGCAAACCAUAAUCAUCCUUUCCUACAUCUACUUUGUCAAGACACUCGGACCUCGUCUGAUGGAGAACCGCAAACCUUUUGACCUCAAGCGGCCUAUGAUUAUCUACAACUUUAGCAUAGUCGUGUUUUCCCUUUACAUGAUUUAUGAGUUUCUCAUGUCUGGCUGGGCCAAUGGGUACUCGUACAGAUGUGACAUUGUGGACUACUCCAGCUCACCACAGGCUCUCAGGAUGGCAUGGACUUGCUGGCUGUACUACUUCUCUAAGUUCAUAGAGAUGUUGGAUACUAUUUUCUUUGUGCUGAGAAAAAAGAACAGCCAAGUCACUUUCCUCCAUGUGUACCAUCACUCAAUCAUGCCAUUCACAUGGUGGUUUGGAGUUAAGUUUGCUGCAGGAGGUCUGGGAACCUUUCAUGCCCUACUGAACUGUUGUGUCCAUGUGAUCAUGUACACCUACUAUGCCUUGUCUGCUAUGGGCCCUGCCUAUCAGAAGUACCUCUGGUGGAAGAAGUACAUGACCACCAUUCAGCUUGUUCAGUUUAUGAUGGUGACCAUCCACAUUGGCCAGUUUUUUUUCAUGAAGGAUUGCCCUUACCAGUUCCCAGUAUUCCUCUACAUCAUUGGGUUGUAUGGGCUCAUAUUCCUGGUCCUCUUCCUCAAUUUCUACUACCAUGCAUACACCAAGGGUAAGAGGUUGCCCAAAGCCCUUCAGAAUGGAGCAAGCUUCCUGCAACGUGCACAGAAGACAGAAUAAUUUUUGAAUGCUGAUGCCGCCCAUAAGUGAAGAUCCUGCAGCUUUUAAAUUUGCUUUAGUUUCCUUUAACCAUUUCAGAAAAGUCACCCACUGUGUUUUAUGUUAAAACUUUGUGGAAUGCCACUUUUUCACUGAAUGACUAGCCUCUUGCCCAACUAGCACAUGUGGUUUUACACUGAAGAUGUGGAUCGUGGUUUGUAUCGUCUUCACUCGGGUUCUGAAAUGUUUAUGGGGUACAACAUGUAUAAAUAUAUAUUUUUUUAAUCUACCCUUCAUUUGUACGUUUUAAGCCCAGCUUUAGAAUAUGACCUACUGCUGGUUUAACUGAUUUCAUGGAUUGUGAGAGCGGCGGUACAUGUUUUUAAUGCUGUUGGCCACUGAAAGGGCAGUGAAGGCUUUGCUUUUUACUUUGGACGUUCCUUAAGCAAACCUUAGCUCCUUUCUCCAAUGAAGAGCAUGACUGAUAACUAACGCUUGAGUCCUAGAUUAAAUGUGGCAAAAGUGACCGCUGGGGUUCAAUUUGAGCUUUUGAAAUUUUUAUUUUCAGUGUUUAACUUCUAAAAUAACCUUUUGUUUAACUACUUUUAAAAAAAGAAAAAAGUCUGACUGAGGUAUGUGUGUUCUUCAAAGAACCAAGUAUGCCAGUGAUCUAUGGAGACUCGUGUUUUCUUUUCCUUGUGUAUUACAUGUUUUUGUAUUUCUUUACAGCGUUAUAUUUAUACUUUAAUUUUGUUAAAUGGAAAAAUUGUACUUUUUUAUUCCUCAAAAUAAAUUAUUUGUCAAUACA